AAAAAACGGGAUAUUGGGAAGGCAAUCUCAAAAUGGUUCAACUUUAAUAGGAUUCCAGCCAACACAGCCCAAGGUCCAUAUUAUCAGAGCAUGAUCUCUUCUAUUCAAAAGUCUGGCACGGGGAUCCAACCUCCAACACCGAAGGAGAUUUACGGCGUGUACUUAGAUGAGGAAGUGGCAGAACUAAAAGAUUGGAUCAAAUCCUUCAAGAGGCAAUAGGACGAAUAUGGGAUGACAUUGAUGUGUGACAGUUGGAUAGGACCAACAAGAAUGAGUAUCAUCAACUUUCUUGUUUAUUGCAAUAGAAAAGUGGUAUUUCAUAAGUCCGUUAAUGCUACUGAAAAGAUCCAAGAUGCAAAAUACAUUGAGAGCUUGAUGGAUACUAUGGUAGAGGAGAUUGGACCACAGUAUGUUGUCCAAAUAAUAACCGACAAUGGAGCGAAUUUCAAAAAGACCGGUUUGCAAUUGAUGGAAAAAAGAAAAACUUUGUUUUGGACUCCAUGUGCAGCUCAUUGCAUAGAUCUAAUGCUGAAGGAUAUUGGUGAGUUGAAUUCGGUCAAGAAUUGCGUAGCUCGAGCACAAUCAAUUACAAAGUUUAUAUAUAAUCAUCAUUGGGUCCACGCAUUAAUGCAAAAGUAUGUAAACAGUGAGAUACUUCGACCUGGAAUUACUCGGUUUGCUACCAAUUUUAUUGCAUUAAAGUCAUUACAGCAAAAAAGGCAUGGCUUGAAGGCAAUGGCUAGCUCACAAGAGUGGUCUGAAUCAAGAUAUUCGAAAUUGAGCGAUGGAAAGAAAACAGAAAAAGCCAUUCUUUCCUCUAGAUUUUGGGAGACUAUAGCAGAAAUCAUUAAAGGUGUGGAACCACUUUAUAUUGUCCUCCGUAAGGUCGAUAUGGACAAGCGUCCACAGAUGUCGUAUCUUAAAUAUAUGCUGAUUUCAGCAAGAGAGGAGGUUAAGAAAGCAUUCAAAGAUGAUUUUAAGGCCGACCAAUACGUACGAAUCAUUGAUCGUCGGACCGAAGUUCAUAUGGAUCAAGAUAUCCAUAAUGCAGGUAAAUUCAUAUUCAGAAUAAUUUAAUUUAUUAUUAUUUAGAUAAUAAAAAAUCAUACUAACAAAAUUAUGUUUUGCAGCGUAUUAUCUAAACCCGGCAAUUCAAUAUCGAUAUGCUCUCGGAACGCAAAAUAAUUUCCUAACGACAUUACAAAAUGUUAUAUAUCGGCUCUUGCCAAACACUACCGAGGCAGCCGAUGCUCUUAUGGAGGGUCGAUUAUUUCGAGAAACAGUUGGUUCAUUCUCCAACGUUGUAGCUGUAUAACAUGCGAUUAAAAUUGCGAUGUGCUGAGUUGGAUAAGGAGCCAGAGGAAUCAUAUAUUGAUCCCAUUGACCUCCAAUUCUACAACGAAGAUUCAGAGCCAAUGUUAGAUUGGAUUGAAGCAGCAGAGAACCAAGAGGAUCCUCUACUUGAUGAGGCGGGAGAUCCUCAGUGUCCUUCACGUUUUAUCACUGAGGCAAUAGAAGAAGAAGAAGAAGCACAACCCCAACGGGUGGAAAAUCCCCCUCGAUUACAACAUGGUAGGAGUCAAACUGCUCGAGGAACUACCGACACCCAACGGUCACACUCGUCCCCCCAACGUGCAAAGGCAAAGGGGAAGGUAGUAGCAUCAGUUGCAUCGUUGGAAAAAAUAGGGUCGGACAACGAGACACCUUCACAAUCACAUUCUCUUUCUCGCUCGGUCCAGAGACAUGACAGCAACACGGACAGCAGUGCCUCAACAGAUGAUGGCGGUGAUGCCGGGCAGUCGUUGGUCUCGUCUACACAACUUGAGAGUAGUGAAUGGACUGAGGAGCAAUAUUUUACACAUGCCACUCAAGAUUCAGAUCAUGGAACUCGACAAGGUACUGGUCAAGUUUAUGCGCGGAAGGGGAAGGGAAAGGUAGUGGAUGAAUAUGAACAAAUACGACAGAGCAUACAUGAUAUAGAUACAAAAAGAGGCUCAUCGUAUUAUGGAGAAUCAUACAGGCAACAACAAUAUGGUGAUAGUUGGUCAUCCUUCUCUGAGCAACAACAUUAUACAGAACAGCACCAAUAUAUGCCUCAAGAGCUGCCUCGGACAAAUAUGAUUCAUGACGAUCAGUCUACGAUCAGCACCACAUUGAUGCAUCAAUGGCACAUAGUGUAUCAAUACACUAUGUCAUAGGAUCAAUUUCAUGAUUGGGUCCAACAAACGUAUCAUAUUGAUAUGUAUCGGAUCGAGGACCCCGAUCCACCACCCAUGGAAGCCCGUCGUUCGUUUUGGUGGUAGAACAACAAUCAGGUAUAUCUAGAUAUGUGAUAAUUUAUUUCAUUUGAAUUUUAGAGUUUAUAUUGUAACAAAAUAGUCUAACAAUUCAAUUGAUUUUUUUGUAGAUAUUUCAAUCUAUAACGGGCUGAAAUAUGAACCUCGAACAAGACUACCUCAAAGCCUGAAAAAGAUAUGUGAUACUAUUUUUACCUAAUUUACAUUGAUUUUGCUAAACUUAUACUAUUACUAUAUUUAUUUGUAACUUGAAAACCCUAUCCUAACUUUUUUUUUCUAAUUUUCAGGUAUUUUGGAGGGAUAAAUCGGUAAAAUCGGGUGUACCGCUCGGUACACCUCGGUAUACCGGUCGAUACACCCGUACCGUACCGUACCGAGCCCAGGUCGAAACUCCGGUACGGUACGGUAUGGCGGACCUUGGUGGACAGUAAGAAGGGUUGGCCCCUUUUUUAUUAUGUGGUGCGCGUAGCAAAAAGAUUGGAGCAGCGAUUUGUGGAGUGUCUUCGCAGCCCCUACUAUGUAGAUUACCGCUAGAGAGGAGGAUAGUUGACCUCCUUCAUCCUCUUCCAUUGAUUUGCAGGAAUUCAAGGAUAUAUGAUCUCCCUAAAAUGAUGUACGUGAUGUUUUGGACCUUACUCUCAGCAUGGAUACAGAUGAAGAGAAGCUGAUAUUACAUGAGAGGGCAGAGGUAGAUGAUUUUGAGUUGAUACCUGGUGGGAGAAAUAUUACGGUUGGUGGGGAAAAUAAACAUGAAUAUGUGACUCAUGUAGCAGAGAAUUGGCGAACGACUGCAAUUAGGCCUCAGAUUAAUGCAUUUAUGGAAAGUUUCAGAAAAAAUGUGCAUGGAAAGCUGCUAUUGUUUUUUUGUCUUACAGACUCACUACGUUCCACCUCCAAUCAGUGGAUGAUUUACGAGCAAACACCGAGUGUUUUGGCUACAACAAUGCAUCCUCCAUCAUCCAAUGGUUCUGGGAAGUUGUUCAGGGUUUCAGCAAGGAGGAUAGUAGAGUUCGAUUCCUGCAAUUUGUCUCUGGCACCUCCAAGGUAUCUUUCUUUAUCUGAAGCCUCCAGCUUUCCGUAGUAGAUCUAUGCCAUAAACUUGAUCUUAUCUGGAGCUGUGAAGUAUAUUGAUUCGUCGAAAUAACUGGGUUUCAUCCAUUUAGAGAUAAAAUCCUUGGCUCUUCUUAACUCGGUUCUCUCUGGCUCGGUGGCAAGCAAGAUUAACUCUUUAUGUCGCUACAUAAACAUAAAAAUGUGAUAAUACGUACAUAUAACA